UAAGACAAGCCAGUGGAAAUGUAACGGCCUGUCGGUCUCUAUAUCUGUAAACUGUAACCCUCGCCUUACAUUCAUAAAAUCUUUCAGUUGUUUCAGUUAUUCUGAUUUCAAGUGUGUAUAUUAAAUAUAGUUACAGACAAGUGAUUAGCAUUUUUCGAUAACGGUAAUAACAUUCGUACUUUCGUAGAUAAAUAUGGCUGAUAGAAAAAUUCGUCGUCUCAGUCUCAAACGAAGGAUCAAUUGGGAAGAGGAAGAGGAUAAUUCAAUUGAUACUCGUAGUGAUUGUAAGACCCAAACCAGUUCGGCAGAUCAUGAGGCCGGGAGCAGUCAUGAUCAUACAAAAUUAAUGAAAGAGAUCGAACGCAUUGUGGAUCAGAGUACUGCCGCAAUGUGUGUGAAAAUAGAGCAGCUAAAGAAAGACAUGGAUAUAAAACACCAAGCACUUUUAAAAAAAAUUGAAGAAAACUGCCAGUGUAAGAAAAGCCCUAUUAUUGAACCCGGACUUGCAGAGUUUGUUGAUAGUAAUUUACCCUUGAAAAAUGAAUGUAAACUACGAGAUUUUGAAGAACAGCUCAGAGACUCAGCAAUGAGGCAGAAAGUGAAAACCCGACUGGCACGUGUUGGUGGUGGGUGUGAUAGAACUGCCACUUAUUCACUUUUGAGAAAAGUUUUUGAUGAUGCAGUGGCCAGAGAAUAUUGUUGGACUGGAGACAAAACUAGAAAAAAUUUCUCAGCUCUGCUCACUGUAAAAUUGAUAAUAGAAAUUAUUUGUGAGAAUUUUGGUAAUAAAACGGAGUUCAUGGUUAUCGACCAUGUUAAAGGAUGGUUGCGAGCUUCCAAUUACAGAUUCAAACGCCGCACUAUGGCUUUAGAAAACAUAGACUGAAAGACAAAUAGUUCAUAAGCAAGAC